AUGUCUGCCAUCCGUACUGCCAUCCGCCGCGCCGCCAUCUCGGGCGAGUGCGCCUGCAACCCCGCCCGCGCCGUCUCGGUCGCCUCCGUCGCCCGCUUUUCGUCGCUCGUCCGCGCCGCCCCCGUCGCUCGUGCUGCCCCCGUGUUCCCCGUCCGCGCCUUCUCCUCGACCCCUCUCCGUCUCUCGCAGAAGGUCCAGCGUGACGCUUGGGCUGCCAACCCCAUCAUCACCUACGCCGAGCUCAAGCCCAUCACCCAGCAGCCCACCGACGACAUUCUCCUUAUCGACGUCCGUGAGCCCGAUGAGGUUGCGCUCGGCUCGAUCCCCUCGGCCGUGAACCUGCCCCUCUCGCGUCUCGACGAGGCCCUUGCCCCCAACUUCCACCCCGGAGAGUUCCAGAAGGAGUUUGCCUUCCCCAAGCCCCUCCCUGCCCAGAAGAUCAUCUUCUUCUGCCGCUCGGGCAAGCGCUCGGCCACUGCCUGCGAGCUUGCCGGCAAGGACGGCUACGCCAACGUCCGCAACUACGUUGGCUCCAUGCUCGAGUGGAACGAGCUCGAGCACGGCAUCAAGCCCGACAACUAA